CGGUUGUGCUCUUCAGUCAACAUGGCGGACGAUAGCAUCCUCGAAGGUGAAGAGGAGAACAUUUUGUAUGAUUUACUCGUUAUUACCGAAUGGCCUCCGGAGACUGACACUCAGCUGCGUGGCAACAAGGAACAAAACACCUCCCUUGUAGCAAAAGCAGUGACAGGCCCAUUCCGCCUUAUCCUGCACUAUUUGUGGUACAGCCCGUCCAGCUCGUCUCUGCCGCUCGGUCUCCUGCGGCUGGUCAACAAGCAGAUUGGCUGGCAGCCAGUGCUCGCGAGUAACGGAAAACUCCUGGCCGUGGUCCAGGACCAGUGUGUGGAGAUCAGAUCUGUGCGAGAUGAAUUUGGCUCAGUUAUUGGGAAAUGCCAAGUGCCAAAGGACCCCAACCCUCAGUGGCGGCGGGUGGCGUGGAGCCACGACUGCGCCCUGCUGGCCUUCGCCGACAGCACGGGCACGGUGCGCCUUUUCGACCUGGUGGGCAGCGAGCUGUUUGUCAUCCCGCCGGAGCCGAGCUUCCCCGGGGAUUUUGGCUGUGCCGUCGCGGGCCUCAUCUUCCUGGAAUACACGGGCGGCGCUCAGUGGUCGGCCGAGCUGCUGGUCAUCACGUACGGGGGCGGGCUCAAGAGCUACCUCGUCAGCGUGGGCACCAAGCAGAACUUCCAAGAGAACCACACCUUCAGCUUCUCCGCCCACUACUCCCGCGGCAUCACUUCGGCUAUUUACCACCCGAGCUACCGGCUGCUGCUGGUGGGCGGCUGCGAGUCGGUGGACGACGGAUCGUCCAAGGCCGCCUCUUACGGAUUGACGGCGUGGAGGGUGUUGUCCGGCUCGCCCCACUACAAGCAGGUCACCAGCUCGGAAGACGACGUCAACUCGAGUCAGAAGCGAGGUUUCUUACGGAUGCCCACGUUGAGACUUUUCGGCAGACAAGGAGAAGAAAAGGACGGCGUCUUCCGCAUGAGUCUGAACCCGGACGGGACGCUGUUGGCCGUCAUUCACUUCUCGGGUCGCCUGACCCUCUGGGACGUCCCCUCGCUGAAGCAGAGGGCGGCGUGGGAGCAGGACCAACAGCCAGGAUUUGAGGAGAUCAAUCCGGAGUGGAAGACGUCACUGGAGAGGAGGAAGAAAAUAAAAGACAAGGAGCAGUACCGGCCGCUGGUGGACAUCAACUGGUGGAGCGACAAGGUGCUGAUCCUGGCACGCUGCUCGGGCUCCGUCACCGUGUCGUCCGUCGGGAGCCUCCGCAACCUUCUGGGCAAAUCCUGCGAGUGGUUCGAGCCGUCGCCCAGAGUCACCGCCGCGCACCACGGUGGAUUCCUCAGCCUGGAGUGCGAGGUGAAGCUGGCCCAGAAGCGCGGACGUCUGGAGAGCAACUUGAGCGGCGACGAGGAAGACGACGGCGGCGAUUCCGAUUCGGACGAGGAGUCCUCCGCUAAGGCGCGCUACUUCGGCUACAUCAAGCAGGGCCUCUACUACGUGACGGAGAUGGAGCGCUUCGCGCCGCCGCGCAAGCGACCCCGUACCGUCCUCAAGAACUACCGGCUGGUUAGUCUCAGGUCCACCACGCCUGAGGAGCUCUACCAGAGAAAGAUCGACAAUGAAGAAUACGGCGAGGCCCUGUCUCUGGCCCACGCGUAUAAUCUGGACUCGGACCUGGUCUACCAAAGGCAGUGGAGGAAGAGUACAGUCAGCAUCGCCUCCAUACAAGAUUAUCUCAGCAAGAUCCGCAAGCGCUCGUGGGUCCUGCACGAGUGCGUGGAGCGCGUUCCGGAGAACGUGGACGCGGCCAAGGAGCUGCUGCAGUACGGCUUGAAGGGCACCGACCUGGAGGCCCUCGUCGCCAUCGGCAACCGAGAGGACGGGGGAAGGUUCAUCAUGCCGGGCGACGUGGACCUGGACGACCUUCCCUACGAGGACCUGUCAGAGGAGGAGGAGGCGGAGAUGCAGACGGAGAAGGAGAGAAGGAGGAAACGAGAGCUGCUUGACAAGGUCGACUUCAGCAGGCUGACGCUGGAGCAGAAGGAGUUGUGUCGGAGCCGACUGAAGCUGCUGUCGUAUUUGGACAGGCUGGCGACGUACGAGGAGAUACUCGGAGGUCCCCACGAAGCCGAGCGGAAAUAUGACGCCGAGUUCUUCAAGAAGUUCCGUCGUCAGAAUAUGGUCUUGUCGGCGCGAAAUUACGCCAGGGAGAGCAACGUGCAAGCUCUGGACAUCCUCUUCACGUACCACGGGGAAGACCUGCUCCAACAUCGACUGGCCAUCCUUUCCAACUUUCCUGAGACCACGUCUCCGCACGAGUACACCGUCUUGCUGCCUGAGGUCUGUGUGGAGCGAGGCGAGCUGGCGCUAAUCGCGUGGGACGAGCAACGACACCGCCAGACCGACUGGUGCGAGGCCGACCAAUGCAGGUCCAUGUUGGAGCAGAAGCCGUUUGACGAUAACGACAUCCUGUACGAGGACGCUCCGGAUCUGCUGCGCUUCCGCUCGCCGGCGCCCUCCGUGCGUCUCCUGACCGACUGGUACUGCAGCCGAGCGCGAGAUAUCGAAUCCUGCUCGCGACAGGUGGACUGCGCGCUGUCGCUGGUGCGCCUGGGAACAGAGCGCGCCGUCCCCGGGCUGGAGCAGCUGCGCGACGACCUGGUGACGUUGGAGACGCUGGUCUACGAGACGCUGGACGAGAGCAACCUGGCGCUGCGAGACCUGCAGCAGCUCGCCCACAUCGACCAGCUGCGCCUCCUCAUGAAGAACUCCAGCAGGGAGCACUACGUGAAAGACGCCUUCCAGUGGAUGGUGCCCUUCCUGCACCGCUGCGAGCGACAGGAGGAGGGCGCCGCCGAGCGGCUGCUGCGGGACCUCCUGGUGGGACUGGCCUGCGGAGACCUGACCUUCCCCCUCAUCAUCUUCCAGCACUCCAAACCUGACUGCCCGCAGAAGGUGAUCGGCGACCCCGACCAGCUGAUGGCGGUGGCGCUGGAGUGCAUCUACCGCAGCGAGAGGGAUGACCAGCUCAGCCUGUGCUACGACAUCCUAGAGUGUCUGCCGCAGAGGGGCUUUGGGCCAGAGACGGACGUUACGUCAUCUCUGCACGAUCAGGUGGACAAACUGGAGAAGCACCUCAGCGUGGCCGAGGUUCUGGAGAAGCACGGCCUGCGCAAGCCCAUCUCUUACGUGAGGAGCAGUCAGAAGAGCCCCGAGGAAGCCCACCAGCUCAUGGUGAAGCUGUGUCGCCACACCGGACGCAAGAACCCCGCCGUGGGCGAGACGGCGUGGCGGGCUCUGCUCCAGGACCUGCUGGACAUGCAGCAGAACGUCUACACCUGCCUGGAAGCUCACGCCUGCCACCAGAUCUUUGUGGAGUCGCUGCUGUGCUCCGGCCGCUUGGAGAACGUCCGUCUGGCGGGACAACUGAUGCACUGCUCCGAGGUAGGCGUGUUUUGCCUCUCCGAGCGUGCGCCGUCAUCAUCAUCGGGCCCUUUGCAGGUCAGGCAAGACGCGGCUAAGCUCCACGGCGUCAAGGUGGCCUACCACAGCAGCCUGCAGCUGGUUCUGGCCGCCGCCAGGGAGUACUUCAACUCCUCCGCCACGCUCACCGACCCCUGCAUGGGCCUGGCCAGGGCUUGUCUGCAGCUGAUCGGCGACCGGCCCCAAGCCAUCCAGGAGGAGCUGGACCUCAUCGACGCACUCGGCCACCUGGCGGACUUUGGCGUCAACGUCCUGCCUCUGCAAGUGCGUCUUCGUUCGGAUCGUCUGUCUCUGCUGGAGGAAUGCGUGGCCCACUGCGCCAGCGCCUACAAGCAAUCCACCACUCUGCUCAACGUGGCGUCCCUCCUGCGAGUGGCAGGGGAUGACGAGGCCACACGCAAAGGCCAAGUGUUGACCCUGCUAGCUGAGCAGGCCCUGCGGUGUCUGGACUUCAAGGCUUCUUACAUCCACUGUCAGGACCUGAUGGCCGCAGGUUACGCGCCGGCCUGGGACGUUUGUAGUCUGCUGGGCCAGUGCGACGGCUUCGGCCAGCUGGAAGCCAGACGCCAACUGCUGGCCUUCUCGCUCACGCACUGCCCGCCCGACAACAUCAACGCGCUCCUGGCCGCCUCCAGCGACCUGCAGACUCAGGUCCUGUACCAGGCGGUCAACUACCAAAUGGAGCCCGAGAUCGCCGAGGGGGGCGCGAGAAGCCGAGGAGAGCGACUCAUCCAAGGUGCGGCGGCCCCCCAGGCGGUGACGGCAGGCGAGCUGCUCCACAGGACCACGGCCAAGACCAUGGAGGUGCUGACCACCACGGGUCUGACCACCAAGGCCGUGCUGAGCGCCGUGGGCGAUCACCGCUGGUGGAAGCGCUCGCUGGACUGCCUGCGCCCGCUGCAGAGCGGAGACGCCGCCGCCGCCGCAGAGGAGCGCUCGAGUGAGAAUUCCAAACUGGAACGUCAAGGCUGCUGCGCUUUCUAUCAAGAUGUCAUUGAAUGUCCCUACGUAGAUCCGAAUCACGACGUGUAUUCGUCCUACAAUGACGUCCCCCCCGAGAACUUUGCCGAGGUGCUGCUGAGGACCGGCAAACUGGCCGAGGCCAAAACAGAAGGCGCCACUUUGUUUCCCGCAACUGAGGUGUUGCUGCAGCUGGCCAACGACGCCUUUCCUCGGGACGCCACGCUGGCGCUGGCCUACUUGCUGGCGCUGCCUCAGGUCCUGGACGCCAACCGAUGUUUCGAGCAACAGCACCACUCGGCCUUGUCCCUGCAGCUGGCCGCUUACUAUUACUCGCUGCAGAUCUACAGUCGCCUGCAGCCUUGCUUUGAGGACAAGCGGCAUGCGCUCUACCAGGCCGACCCCAAGGAGCUGAUCCGACUGGUCACCUGGCACGUGUCGGCGUACUCGGGCUGGCCGGAGGAGCUUCGGAAGCUGAUCGAGCAGCUGCACGCUUACAACGAGCGGCUGAGCGACUACACGCAGGCGCAGGUGCUGCGAGGUUUGGGCCGCGGCGUGGACGUGCAGCGCUUCAGCUCCGACCCCGACUACAAGAAGGAGACCAUCCUCGGCCUGGCUGAGACUCUGGAUGACGACGUGUACGGCAUCUCGGUGUCGUUGGCUAAACGCUACCGUGUUCCUCUGUGGGAGGUCCACAUGACUCAUCUGGAGUUCCUCUUCACAGACAGCGGUCUGUCCACCAAGGACGUGGAAUCCCGCAGCGAGUCGCUGGCUCUGUUUGCCACGCUGAAGAGCGACCCGCAGGCCUUUUACGGACACAUGAGCAAGUACGUGCUGCCUGCCGUGGAGGGCGGCGAUCUGGACCGGCUGCUCUACUACUACACCCUGCUGGACGCCGCCGGCUGCCGGCCGCAUUCCGCCGCCAUCGCGCCCGACGGCCACGUCAAGCUGCUCAAGAAGCUCCGCGCCGUGGCCAGCGGCUUAAACUACCGGCAACUGACGGACGGCUCGCAGGACCCGCUGGUGGCUCUCGAACCGGUUCUGACCAGUCAGAACGUGUUGUCCAUCUCGAAGCUGGCCCAUCUGCUGCCGAGGCCCGGCGGCGGCGCUGACGGCGUCCAGGGGGCGACGUUGUCCCCCAGCGCGGUGCACGCCGCCUGGCUGCGCAAGUUGUUCUGGAAGGGCGACGCCCACUUGCUGAAGAGGCCGCCCGUCAGCGAGCAGGACUACCUGCACGCCUACGACACCUGCGCCAAGUACCUGGACAGGCUGCUUCCCGUCCACGCCGUCCACUUCCUGGAUGACGUCACCUUCUCCCUCCAGGCCGUCCAGCAGCUGAGCGUCCCGACGCGCUGCGAAGUUCUUCGGCGAGCCACCAAAAGCUUGCGGCAGCUGGCUGAGAAGAGCAAGAAGCGAGGAGGGGGAGGAGGCGAAGCGGCGGGCGGCGAAGAAGCCGGCAUGACCUUGGACGAAGCGCUGGCUCACCUGCGCCAAUCGCAGGCCCACUUGGAGACGCUGGGCCACCACUUUGUGGCGUCGCUGCGAGACAGCCAGGAGGAGCAGCUGCGAGGCUACAGUCAACGUUACGACCUGUCCCGCUCCGAGAGGUCCAAGGUCCGGGAACUGGCGGUCGCCAUGGCGACCGACGGCCAGCCACUGCAGAGCAUCCGCCAGCUCCUGUGCGUCGCCGUGGGACCUCUGGACCUGUCGCUCAAAAGCGUGCUGCAGGAGGCCGUGGCCCGAGUGGUGGCUGAGCUCAGCGGCGACGUCCUGACCCACCACACGGCGGCCCUCGGCGUGCUGGAGGCCAUAACGACGGCCGUGCAUGACAGUGUGCAGGCGGGCGACAGCACGGUGAGCUCAGACGACCUUUUGACCUGGCUGCGUCCGUUCUGCGGCGACCCGUCGCUGCCGGUGCGUCCUCGCAUCGCCGUGCUGCAGAUCCUGGAGAGCAACUUCAGCAUGUGCGACGCCGACAUGCGGCUCCUGCUGCUCUACAGGACGCAAGCUGUCCUCAAGCACACCCAGGUGCAGAUCGAAGACGUGGAAAACCAGGAGAAGCGCUACGGCCUCUUCCUGGACCUUUUGGAGGCGGCGCGCCAGCGGGAGGACUUCCAGACGCUUGUCCUGCUCCUGCAAGCAUGGCCGCCCAUGAUGCAAGAAGACGUGGCCACGUCGGAGCGUAACCCUUGGGUCCUGCUAGUUUCCGCCAUGCUGACCCGCCGCCAGGGACCCGAGGCGGAAGUGGACCUUGGUCAGCAGGUGCUGAGCAUGCUGCGAGCCCUCGACAACACCAAGCACAAGCUCCCGCCACAGUGCAUCCGAAGUGCGGCCCAACUGCUGCUGCCCGCUUUCCAGCAGCCGGCGCUCAAGCUGAUGGCCGAGAGCGGCGACGACGAGCUUCUGCGGCAAACUCUGGAGCGGGUCAACGGCAUGACCGCAGAGGAGGCGGCGGCGGUGUGUGACGACGAGCUGCUCUCUCUGCUGCUGGACGCCGGGCUGCUGGUGGAGUGCGCGUCGUCGGCCGCCUUCCCGCUGCUGCGCCGCCGCAUGCUGGCGCGCCGGCAGCCGGGCGAGCCGGACGCCCGACAGCUCGCCGGGCGGCUGUCGGAGGCCGGCCGCGGGGCCGAGGCGGGCUCCCUGCUGCUGGCUCACCGCGGCGCCCACCCGGCCCACGUCACCUUUAACUCGGCCCUCACCGUCCUGAAAAAUUGGCUCUGAGGUGGGAUGCGACACUCUGACUGAUUUCCCCCCAAAAAACUUUAACAUCCAGACAAAAAACAAAAAGCCAGUCCACACAAAGCUGAUGUCCCGUUGGCAAAUAACUGCUGAGUAUUAUUUAGCCUCAGCUCUGUGUUGUUUUUUUGUCCCGUCGUUGUUAAAAAGGCCCGCUGGUCGCUGUUGUCAUAAUAACGUUCCAUCAAUUCCCGCGUGUAAUUUUGGCUUCAAGCUGUGUCGUAUGCAAACAGAAGACAAUUAUCAUGAAGGAUAAUGAUUAGCUGACUGCUGUUGAGAAUUUAGUUGGAAAUGAGACAAAAAGGUUGCCUAAUAAUGACAUCAUAAAUUUUGUUCCAAGAAUCCUGCUGCAAAAUUCUGUCUUUGUCAUUCUGUCUCCCUCACCGCAAUAAAAAUAAAGGUAUCACC